AUGGUCCCCUCAGUUGAUGAUCCCCUCGCUAUCCUGGCCGGCAUUCCUCUUUCCUUUGUCGCCAUCUUUGCCCUAAGGCGGUUCAUCAAGAGCCGACAGAACAAGCAUACUCUUCCGCCUGGUCCGGUGCCGCUCCCGCUAAUAGGGAAUGUCUUAUCUAUUGACACUAAGGAACCUUGGUUGACUUAUACCGACUGGCGUGCUGCCUAUGGGGACUUGAUCUUCGUACGGAUUCUAGACCAGGAAGUGGUCGUGAUCAAUUCUCAGCACAUUGCAGAAGACUUAUUGGACAAGCGUUCCCGGAUUUACUCCGAUCGACCAUACUUAGCCACACUCGAGCCUUAUGGCUGGUCGGUCAACUUUGCAUUCAUAGGUUAUGGUGAUGAAUGGCGCCUUUGUCGCCGACUCUUUCAUCAAACUUUCCGUCCCGAGUCUGCAGUAAAGUUUCACCCAAUGCAGAUCAGGCGGUCUCGCGAGUUGGUCGUCAAUCUAAUAGAUGAACCUCAACACUAUCAUUCUCACUUCGCAACAUUUUCGUCAUCUGUUGCGAUGUCGACUGUAUACGACUACGAGGCCAGUGCUCGUGAUGAUCCUCUGGUGCAGAUCGUGAUAAAUGCACUGAUUCCGGGCUUGACCUUGUUGACCCCAGAGAGAGCAGCGCUGCUUAAAGCCUUCCCCUUCUUACUGAAGCUACCUGACUGGUGCUGGGGUUCCUCUAUCAAACGUGAUGCUCGAGCUUCGACUGAGCGCAUCAGCAAAAUGGUCAAUGUACCGUUUCAAUAUGUGCAGCAAAACAUGGCCGACAGCUCUCAAAUUUCAAUGGUUGCAGAAAAUUUGCAACGGAUGGAGAAAAAAGAUGAGGCAUCCAAACCGAUGUUCGAGAUUGCUCUGAAGAAAGCAGCUACUACUGCUAUUGUGGCCUCAUAUGAGACAACGGCUUCAACUUUGAUGGUUUUUGCUCUCGCCAUGGUGUUAUAUCCAGAUGUUCAGAGACGCGCACAAGCGGAAAUCGACUCAGUAAUUGGAAGAGAUCGGCUACCAACGUUCGCGGACAGACCAUCACUACCCUACAUUGAUGCAGUUCUGCGGGAGACUUUCCGAUGGCAUCCCGUUGUACCUCUUGGAGUGCCUCAUUCUGCGUUGAGUGCAGACAUAUACGAUGGUUACUUCAUUCCACAAGGUGUAUCACACGGGAUGAAACGCGGUACCCCCGAAGCAUCUCAUUUUAUACCAGAGAGGUUCAUUGACGUUGACGGCGUAUUGACCAGUGAUGACCCCGCACAAUAUAUUUUUGGCCUUGGCCGGCGUAUAUGUCCAGGCCGGUCUACUGCCGAUGCCUCUCUGUGGUCUGCCAUUGUGACCAUGCUGGCUACAGUGGAUAUAUCUUCUGCCAAAGAUGACCAGGGCAAAAUAAUUGACUUCACCCCCAAGUUCAUUCCGGGAGUGGUUCGCUUUCCCGAGAUCUUCCCUUGCAGUAUCUCUGCCCGUUCUCAUAUUCAUUCAAGACUUAUGGAUGAGUUACGUGCUGUUUUGUAA